AUGAAUAUAGGAGAGGAGUUUUUGAUGGAAGAUGCUUCACUAGAUGAUAAUGAUGAGCUGCUGUAUCCGUCUUUUAUUGCUGAGUUGGAAGAGAAGCUGGGGAGGGUUGAGAAGCAAAUAUUUGUUAAACAAACAUUGGCAUUGUCGCCUACAAUUAUGGAUAUAAUUCCCCAAUUCAAGGUGAAAACAAACAAGGCGUUCAAGAGGCUGUUUGGUAUUUUGAGAAACGAUAGGGAAUACCAGUCAUUUCUAGCGACAGACGAAGAUUCUCAAAUAGACGCAUUCGACGAGAUAGAUGAGAUUUAUGGCGAUAUCCUUGAACCAACUUCUUCAGCAAAGUAUGAGCCCGUACUGAUAGCACCAAUUUUUGAGUACCCGUUGCUUUUGGUAAGAAAACAAUCACUUGUCAUAGACGAAAUAGAGUAUCCAUUGAAGGCACCGGUGAGGUCUUGUUGCGUAAUUCGUGCAAGCGCAGCCCAGGAAGAGGAUCAUCUACUAGUUUCGUUGCUUUCGGGAUUCCUACUUUUGUUGCGUAUCUAUCGGAUUCCGAUCCAUGUUCGCGACAACGACUAUGAGUAUCAGGCUGAAAAAUUGAACGAUGAAGAUCGAAAAUUUUUGGUUUUCAAACCGUUUAUAAUCCAAUGGUGGAACCUAUCACUGAAAAAUAAACACUUGGACCUUAGCACUAGCGGUUUCAGUUUGAAAGCAUCCCCUUCCGGUUUCUCGGCUGUCUCGUGUUCAGCUUCAAACUCGUUCCGGUUAUACAUGGUUCUCCCACAAUCGCCAAAUGGUACUGUUCUUAAAAAUCACAUUAAUGUGGCAUUGGGCGGGUUUUUAGUGGAUUCGUGUUUUAUUAAACCCAUGAGCUCAGCAUCAACAGAUAUGUUCUUGACGCUCGUCUAUACAGAACAACGCAGAUUAUUUAUCAACCUAUACUCGUGGUCAAACUUUUUUGGCUCGUGUACAGAAGUAACCAAGUCCACAUACCCAUUAGAAAAUUCCUUUGAGAUUCCAGUUUUUAUUGUGCCAUUGGAAAAAAAUAGUGCGUUUUUGUUUGUUUCUUCAACGAGCCUUUCUAUAAUAUCGAUCCAUGAGGUGAUAUCGGCUCAAUAUAGUUUACGAAGAACCGAUGCACCUUGGAACUCGUUUCCUACUUGUUUCUAUCUACCGCGUGAGAGUAGUAUCAUAAAUCUGACCACCAUGGUACCGCAGUCAGAUGAGGUAAUAAUUGCAACUGACAAUGGAGUGCUAUACUCGCUUUUGAUUCUGAAUAAUGAGUUUUUGUCAAUUUCUCCUAUUUUGAGAAUUUCAGACUCACCUUCAGCAUUUACUCUUGAAAAACGUCGCCUGGGGGAUUAUCACCUACUAUAUACAAGUUUUGGCGGCUCAAACAGAUCGCUUAUAUUUGAGUCGAUUUACAAUAAAGAGUAUUACACGGACAUUAGCGAUGAUAAUAGAUUGGAAUAUUGUAGGUUUCAGCAACUUGAGAAAUUUGCUUCAUGGGCCCCAAUCCGAGAUGUGACCUUGGCUAAUAAAAGUAGACCAGUUAAUUCCAUUUUGAGUCCAUCACAGGAGUUAUGGGGUAUCACAGGUCUUGGUAAAAAGUCAAAACUUACACUAUUUAAAACCGGAUAUGAUGGUUGCAAAAUUGGAGGCAUAUAUGACAAAUUGCGCAAAGUAACAAACGUUUGGACAAUAAUGUACGAAGAAUGUUUGUAUUUGAUGUGUUCCCUACCGUUUGAAAGUGUUCUUUUAGAAGUUAUAAGGAAGCAGGAGGAAGAAGAAGAAGAAGAUGAUGAUGAGGAGGAGGAGGAGGACUCCAUUGUGGAGAUUGGAGAUCACUUGAUCAAUCGAGAAGAAACCACUAUAUUUGCAUGCGUUGUGAGGAGUAAGCAAAAUCACUUUAUUAUCCAGAUAACUCUGCAUACGAUAGUACUAAGCAACUUGUCAGACAUUUACCUUACCGGAUCUUUUGAGUACACAUUAAUCCUUGCAGAGGUUGUUAAUGACACUCUAAUUGUUAUAUGUGAUGAUGGCGGUAAGAUUUACUUACGGACGUACAGGUUUACUGAUAAAAGUUUUGAUGAUGUUAUGAGUUUCAAGGAGGCUCUUACUGUAGCUCAGGUUCUUGUUCUCGAGUAUGACCCUUGUCUACUUAAGAAAUGUUCCUUUGGCAGGAAAUUUGAUUUUGCAAUUGGAGAUUUCCUGGGAGGACUUCAUUUUUAUCGAUUUGAAGAACAAAAAGAGGAGGAGGAGAAGGAUGUGGUGGUGGUAUUGCGUGCGGAAUCUGUUAGCUUUAGGAAUCUUCUCUUGAAUAAGAAUUUACCUAAAACACAAGAUAUUGUGCCCAACGACUUAGUUUGUGUGGAAGAUGAGAUUUUUAUUGGUACAAAAGAUGGAUAUUAUCUUAAGCUUGUACCUCAAGAGAACUCGAUUAUUUGUGAUAUUUGUCUCAGGGUUGCCGAAUCGAGCAUUACUUUUGAGCGUGACAAUGAAAGUAAAGUUCUUUUCAUUAUUUGCAACGACUUGUUUAUUGUGGACCCACGAAACAGCCAAUAUCCAGAGAGAGUUGUGUUUAAUGAAAGCCAAUAUCGUUCUAUAACUGCAGCAAUACUACUACCUUUGAAUGGAGGAGGAGGAGGAGGAGUCAAAAAAAGAAAGUUUGCAUUGUUUCGAAAUAAUGGCCUAGUUUUAGCGGAAAUAUUCAUGCACAAGAAAGCAUUGGUACGCCAAAUUAAGAUUCCGGACACAUCGAAGAAGGUGAUGUAUUUGGAGUACUUGUCUCUAUUUUUGAUUCUUUGUGAAUCAAAGGUAGCAAAAGACAGAUUGACAUGUGUAGACCGGAAAACAUUUAAAGUUGUGAGUAAUGUCAAAAUGGUUGGCAAGAAUAAAGAAGACACAGGGGGAGGAGGCUCUAUAUUUAAUGACGACGAAAUACCAAUUAGUUUUUGCAUUUGGGAAAUCGAUCGGAACGGGAAAAAAACAUCACACAAGGUCGUAGUCGGAUGUUCCAAGUCGUCAAACAAUGGCAAGCAAUCCGGUCUCGUUAAAGUGUUAGAUUUAAAAAAGACAAAGACUGACACCGAUCAGGGAUACGGAAUUGCGAUCCUCGAGUUGACAACUUUUGAUCAUGCACGGCCAGUUACACACAUUCAACAAUGGCAAGACCAGUUACUUUUUGCUAGUGGCUCAUCUAUUUGGACCACAUUGUAUGACGAAAAUGAGAAAAGGUUGACAACGCCCAAAUCUAUUCAUUCUUUCCCCAGUGAAGUAACUUCUUUUACCGUUCAAGAGGAUAAAAUUUUAGUGUGCACCAGAUUAGACUCAAUACAACAAUGUACACUUAAUCAAGGUAAGGUCGAAGCAAUAGGUAGAAGGGCUCCCUCAGAGCCUUUUGUUAGUCAGUUGAACUACAAAUCAACCGUAAUCGGAAGUAACAAGUUGACGUGCGAGGUCUCGGUAAUGAAGAUUAAAAGCCAACCACCGGCUCUUUGGUAUAUUGAUCGUGGAUUUACGAUAAAGCUACCAGGUAUUGCAAGAAUUUUGUGUGCAAAAUUAGAUAACCCAUGGAUCAAUACAAAUAAAGAAGAAAGCACAAAGGAUAACGACGAAGAAAUAUCAAUACUCUGUGUAACAGUGAGUGGCUCAAUAAUAGCACUUCGAUCUGUGGGUGAGAAUAGUGAAGAAACUAAAAUGAUCACUGAUCAAUUUAAUAAAAACUGUACAUUUAAGUUGACAUUGGAAGAGCAUUUAAAAAAGCUUGAUCGUCCUUUCGAAGGUAAAAAUGCGGGCACGGGGUUAUUUUCGUUAAAUAAGCCAUACUUUGAACGCAUUCGAUGUGACUCUGCGCCAUCAUCAUCAUCACCAUCACCAUCCGAGAUUAGAUCGCAAGCACUACAGUACCUCGAUUACGACCUUGAAGAAGUUUCAACGGUUUGUUUGCCAAAAAUUGGGUUAUAG